UCUUCACACGCUCGCUUCAUUAUUAAACCAUGGCCUAAAUAGUUUCCUCUCUGGUUGGAAGUUUUAAAUAGACGGACUGUUCCGAAGUCUUUUAGAGCAGGAAAAAGCAAUCUCGCUAAUUAGUCCUACAGGGAUUUGUGAUCGAGACAUUCUUAAAUACUCAAUCGCAUUACCUGCUCCUUUCCAGCUCGCUGCAGCUUCUUAUCCGCUUGGACGUUUUUCUUUUUUUUUUGCCGCUGCAGGAAAAUAUUCAUACACCUGCUUAAACUGCAGAAAUGUUGUGAUCUGAAAUGUACCUGACAGCUAUUUAUUCACAGAGUAAUAAUAACACGUGGCUGUCAUGGCUGAAAGGUCAACCUUUGGGAACCAGAAAGUCUCCCGGGCCCAGGACUCUCUCCCGCCUGAACCCAUCGACAUCAUCCGAGUCAAAGCUCGCUCCAGAAGAGUCCGGAUCAACGUUGGUGGUCUGGUCCACGAGGUCCUGUGGCGGACUUUGGACCGUCUGCCUAGAACGCGACUCGGAAAGCUGAGAGACUGCAACACCCAUGACACCUUAAUGGAGAUCUGCGAUGACUACAGCCUCAACGAGAAUGAGUACUUCUUCGACAGACACCCGGGUGCCUUCUCCUCCAUCUUGAACUUUUACCGGACGGGCAAGCUGCACAUGAUGGAGGAGAUGUGUGCGCUGUCGUUUGGCCAGGAGCUUGAUUACUGGGGCAUCGAUGAGAUCUACCUGGAGUCGUGUUGCCAGGCACGGUACCACCAGAAGAAGGAGCAGAUGAACGAAGAGCUGAGGAGAGAGGCUGAGACUCUGCGGGAGAAGGAAGGGGACGAGUCGGAAACAGGAUGCUGCCCGGAUAAGAGGAAGAAGCUGUGGGACCUGCUGGAGAAACCCAGCUCUUCUGUAGCUGCCAAGAUCCUGGCGAUAAUAUCUAUCCUGUUCAUCAUCCUGUCCACCAUCGCCCUGUCACUAAACACCUUACCUGAGUUACAAGUCUUCGACGAGUUUGGACAAUCAAACGACAACCCGAACCUUGCUCAUGUGGAAGCUGUGUGCAUAGCAUGGUUCACCAUGGAGUACCUUCUGCGCUUACUGUCUUCCCCCAACAAGUGGAAGUUUUUCAAAGGCCCACUGAAUGUCAUCGAUCUCUUGGCCAUACUUCCCUACUACAUCACCAUAUUUCUCACAGAGUCCAAUAAGAGCGUUCUCCAGUUUCAGAACGUACGCAGGGUGGUCCAGAUAUUCCGUAUCAUGAGAAUACUCAGGAUCCUGAAGCUGGCCAGACACUCCACAGGCCUUCAGUCACUGGGCUUCACGCUCAGAAGGAGCUACAACGAACUGGGCCUGCUGAUCUUGUUCUUAGCAAUGGGAAUCAUGAUCUUCUCCAGUCUGGUGUUCUUCGCCGAGAAAGAUGAAGACGCUACCAAGUUUACCAGCAUUCCAGCGUCCUUCUGGUGGGCUACAAUUACGAUGACAACGGUGGGCUACGGAGAUAUCUAUCCCCAAACCCUUUUAGGUAAAAUUGUUGGUGGGCUUUGUUGUAUCGCUGGUGUUCUGGUGAUCGCCUUGCCAAUUCCCAUCAUUGUAAACAACUUUUCAGAGUUCUACAAAGAGCAGAAGAGGCAAGAGAAAGCCAUUAAGCGUAGAGAAGCUUUGGAAAGGGCAAGGCGCAACGGCAGCAUUGUAUCGAUGAAUAUGAAGGAUUCCUUUGCGCGUCAAAUGGAAUUGGUAGACGUUGUGAUCGAGAAGAAUGAAGAGAAGCCCUCAGAUAACCACCUUUCUCCAAGUCGAUGGGCCUAUCAGAAAAGUCCAUGCACCGCCAACAAAUCCUUUGACGCUACAUAUCAGGAAGUGAUGCAGUUAAGGUCUCCAGAGAAAGUGAUCAAGCUAUGCUCGAGUCCUCAGCGGUUAAACGCAAAAUCUCUAGAGCAAAUGUAUAACCAGAUGGCAAUAUCCCCCAGUGCAUCAGCUCCAAAAGAAGACAGCAGCAGGUUCAGCAGGGAGGAGAGCAUGGAGAUGAAGGUUGUUCAGUCUGAUCCAACAAUAAAGGAUCGCACUGUUACUGAGAUCCGAAGUGUGUCGAGCAUUGACAGUUUUGCGAGCUGCUCCACAGACAUUAGCGAGGUGGAGAAAACGGCUCUGAUCCCCAACGUGAUGCAGUCAAGACACCCUCGUGCUCCUCCUCCUCUGGAUCUGAGCCAGAUCACCUCCUUAAAUGCAAAGUCAUCGGAAAAGGUAAAGCAACCCGCCAUCAUCAAAGAAGGUCUUUACGAUUUUGUCCAAUACAAACCAGAAGGUAGUGCCCGAUCUCAAGGCGAGGAGAACCGAAGCUUUGACAUGAGCAGUGAGAGCGUUACAGGCUCCCCGAAAAGACGUACCAAGGGACUCCAAGUAAACUUUGCAAGAGAGUCUGUCGAUGACGCAUUAUCUGACUUGCAUCCUGUGGUUACGGACGACACAACACCACGAACACCACGUUCACAGCAUAGUCCUAAAACUCCAGGAAGGUGUUUAGAAGCAGAAGGAGCAAUGAGUUCUCCAGUUUUUACUCUAUCCCCUAGUGGGAGGCAAAGAGGGAAGAAUCACGUCGACAAGCCAGCGGUUUCUCCUGUGUCACCCAAAAUCGUGCUGAAUUGUUCCCCUGGCAUUGAAGACACUUCAGAUAACAGUCAAAGUGAACAAAAGGUCAUCAAUCACCUCCUCUCACCGGACAUUCUCAAAUCAACCGGGGAUGGGAAUGUCUCACCACCAUGCGAUACCAGCAUGUGAUGCUAGCUGGGCACUUUAGACACUUAUAAACUGACUAUAAAUCAAGUCAUUAAUAGGGCAGAGGUAAAUGCACUCUCCGGUGUAACAGGAUUGAACAAGGCAUAAGGACUCAUUGAUAUCGCAAAGAGACUCUUCUUUAGCUUUGCAUGAUGGGAAAUAUUUACAUAUGGCUGAUGGAACUGCGUUUCCACAGAAGAAGAUACUUACACCGAGAUACCGUAACGUGUGCAGGAAGGACAAUGAUGUAAAUCGUUCCUGUCAAAUUUAAAUAUGUUGAUCGCGGUUCUUGAUUCGUAUCAGUGAGUCUGGGAAAUGUAUUGUUGUACUCCAGAUCUUCUCCUGAUCUACAGAAGUAGGUUUGAGCGAGCAGAAUUACUAAGUCUCCACCCAUUAAAGAAUGACAUAUGGCUCAGGGUGUGUACCAUAAAAAAAUUAUGUUUAGGUUGGUGUUGAUUAGUAGUCUUUUAACUGAUCAUGAAAAUAAAUCCAGUUUAUGCAAAUUAGAUUUAAUAGACAAUAGCGAGCAGUAAAAUGUUCUCGGAAAUGCCUUCUCGAGGUGAUCUCCUCCUGAUAGCUCACAGCUCAGUAUUUUGAGAGUCGUUCAGAUAAGGCACAAUAUACACAAGACCAAAACAAACAAACAAAAGCAAGAUGUAUUCGAAAUAUUCAGCUACCUACCUUAGCAUGCUAAUCUUCAUCCGUUCAGCACAUUUAUUCCUGCCGGAACAACACGUGCACGCAUUAUACCAGUUGUCCAGCACAUUUUUAACACUGUGGACAAAACUUGCUGUAAAAACGUCUUGCCUUUUAUAUAAAUUCUUUAAAUAAAUAAAAAAAACGUGUCACUUAGAUAGAGUGAUGGACACUGCAGCGCCUCCUGCUGGAUAAACAAAAAAACAGCACUUUAUAAUAUCUUUAAAUGACUGCCAUUAUUAGCACAGAACUUGGCUUCUUCAUAAUCAGCAGAGAUAAACAUCUGGCACGUUUUUGUAAAAACAAAUGUAAAAAAAAUUAAAAAAAUAAAACAGAAAUAACUGAAAAAAUGGACCAGGACAGGACACAGGAUCUCAUUCCUGCUAUGAGAAUUUAUGAGGAAUUAUUAUGCGUGCCUUGUCAUAAAAUAUUUAUGAAAAGGAGUUACGGUAUUUGGCUUUCUUCAUAUAGGUCUGUACAGAAAAAAAAUUCUAAUUUUUAUAGAGUAAAAUAUGCAAGUACAAUUGAGUUCUCAGGUUUUGUAUAACUUGAAAAAACAAAAAACAAAAAAAAGCACUAACGUCAUGGUUUCUUUUCCUUGUUAGACUUUACAGCGACUCACGUACGUCUCACGUAUUCAUUGCAGAUGAUCAUAAUACUCACCUGUUAGUUCACAUACCUACAAACACAACAAUUGUUCUGUGAAAAUCUUUCCUGUGAGGGAUAUUUAAUCUGUACAAUGUAAAGUGUACAUGCCAGACUCAAGGCUGUCUUUCCUGCAUUUACUCUUAUGCUAAAGUUUUUUGUUUGUUUGUUUGUUUGUUUGUUUUUUUUCCUAAAUAUCAGUUUUUAGAUUUGUGGCAGUGCAGCGGUAGUUCAUAUUUAUUGUAUGAUUAUCUUUAAAGAUAGUGACUGGAUUGUUUCAAACACAAUUAAAUAAAUGUGUUUGUACAGA